AUGGAGCUCAGUAAAGUCACCCUGGAGAUCUUCUCCAAACUCGAACACAAAUGGCUAUCUCACUGUAAAGUCACCAACAAGACCCGCAUUCUCAGCAUUGACGGCGGAGGAACCACCGCCAUUGUCGCCGGCGUUGCUCUCAUUCACCUCGAGGAUCAGAUCCGUCUCCACACCUCCGAUCCCCACGCUCACAUUGCCGAUUUCUUCGACAUUGUCGCCGGCACAGGCAUUGGUGCCAUUCUUGCCGCCAUGAUCACCGCCGGCGAUGCCUUCGGCAGGCCCCUCUACACUGCCAGAGAAGCCGUUCGUCUCGUUUCCGAGAGGAACUCCGAACUCUACAAGCUCAAAUCUGCCGGAGUCUUUCGCCGGCGCCGGAGAUUCUCUUCUAGGAGCAUGGAUAACGUGUUGAAGCAAGUGUUCCAGAGGAAGGAAGACGGACGGUUGUUGACCUUGAAGGACACGUGUAAACCGCUUCUUAUCCCUUGCUUUGACCUCAAGAGUUCGGCGCCGUUCGUCUUUUCUCGAGCCGAUGCGUCCGAAUCUCCCAGCUUCAACUUCGAGCUCUGGAAGGUAUGCCGCGCCACCUCGGCCACGCCGAGCCAUUUCAAGCCGUUCCAAUUCGCUUCCGUCGACGGCAAGACCUCCUGCUCAGCCGUAGACGGCGGCCUGGUGAUGAACAAUCCUACGGCGGCGGCCGUCACACACGUCCUCCACAACAAGCGAGAUUUUCCGUCGGUGAACAGCGUGGAGGAUCUUUUGGUCCUUUCCUUGGGUAACGGAUCGUCGAGCGCGAAGGCAUGCGAGGACCGCACGUGCUCCACGCCGUCGGUUGUUGACAUUGUGGUCGACGGUGUUUCCGAGACCAUUGACCAGAUGUUAGGGAACGCCUUCUGCUGGAACCGUACGGACUACGUCAGAAUCCAGGCGUUUGGUUUGGGAAGCAACGCAAUGAGGAAGGAGGAGGUGCUGAAUGAGAGGGGACUGGAGUCGUUACCGUUUGGCGGGAAGCGGUUACUGACGGAGACUAACGGAAACAGAAUACAUAGCUUCGUGCAACGUCUUGUUGCGACCGGAAAACCGAGCCCGCCGUCUAGUCCUUGCAAGGAUUCCGCCGUUAACCCCCUCGCUAACGGCCGCUAG